AUGGUCAGUUAUAGGAUUUUCUCGCUUCUUUCUAUGCCUCCACCUCUCUCUCUCUCUCCCUCUCUCUCUCUAACUACAGUCAAUUACAGUAUUUUUUCUAUUCCCUUCCUCUCUACAGUAAAUUAUAGCCUUUUCUUUUCUCUUUCUGACUUUUUCUCUACGGUCAGUUAUAGCCUUUUCCUCUCUACAGUCCAUUUUCAUUCUCUCCCUCCCUCUCUCUGUACGAUCAAUUAUAGCCUUUCCUCCCCUUUCUCUCUCUCCCUCCCUCUCUCUGUACGAUCAAUUAUAGCCUUUCCUCCCCUUUCUCUCUCUCUUUUCCUCUCUACUGUCAGUUAUAAGCGUUUUCCUCUUUAUUCUCUAUCUCACUCUCUUUUUCUCUCUCAUAAAGUUCCUCUUUUUUUUUUUUUUUUCUCACUUUCUCUCUCUCUCUCUCACUCAACGAAACAACUCUCUCUCUCUGAUCAUGAUUUUUCUUUCUACUUACGAUCCUUCCCACUCUCUUUUUCUAUCUACUGUCAUAACAUUUUCCCCUCUUUCUCGCUUAUUGCACGAUUACUAAACAGCCUUCUCUCUUUCUCUCUCUCUCGGUUAGUUACGUUUUUCUCUUGUCUCUCUGCUUUUCGCUGCAUCUCUCUAACCCCUCUCUGUGCUCGCUUACAGCCAUUUUUUUCUCUUUAUUCUCAUUCUCUACGGCAGUUAAAUUUUUCUCCUCUCUCUCUCUUUCUCCCCUCAGUCGUUUAUUGCUUAUUUUUCUAUUCCCCGUCCCUCUCUCUCCUCUUUGCUCUAAAUCUGUCUCUCUUUUGUCUCUCCAACAUUAAAUAUAGCUUUCUUCAUUUUUGCCUCGCAUUCACCCACUCACUCACUCUCUAUAUGGUCAUAUAUAUAAUUUUCUCUUCUCUCCCCCUCUCUCUACGGUCACUUACAGCUUUUUUUCUCUCGGAUCAGAGCUUUUUUAUGCCUUCUCACUUACUCACUCUCACACCCUCUCUCUCAUUGUCUCUCUCUUUUUUUCUCUAA